GCCUUUUUAUGAUUCUUAAAGACUCACUGUAAAAUUCAUUAAAAGCUGUAAGUAUUUACUACUUGAAACUUUUAUUGCUAAACUUAUCUAAAGCAAAACGUCAAAAGUUUAAAAGAAAUAAUAUCAAAUACUCGUAAUAUUAUUUUACCUACGCCCUGGUAAUUCAUAGUCGGUCGCAAAUUCUCUCAUUCGCAAAGAUUUCCCGCCAGUUUCCCACGAGAUACUGAAUGCUGUGGACGCGUUAUCCGUGACGUCACCCACGCGUUCGAAAUACGAAAUUCGCGCGCGAAUAUUUUCUUCUUUUUUUGAAUAGAUAGUGGUUUGUUUUUCUCUUUUGAAUAGUGCAUGUGUUUUAAAAAAAGUGUGGACUAUUUGUGUUUGAGAAAUUAAGUGCCAGUAUUCGCUUUUUUUGUGAAUGUUUUAAAGAUUAACGAAGAAAUGGAUACCUGAAGUUUUUUGAAAAAGGUCCCGUAAGGAUGACCAGUGAAGACGGAGUGACACAAAAUGUGACCUAGUAUGGUCUUGGACAUGCAUAACUACACAUUCCUGGACACAGCGUUCCAAGAGUUUCAAUGCCGGCUUGUGCACGGGAGAGGUUGUGGCGAAACGUUCUCUGGACUGGACUGCGGUACUGACAGCACCCUCGAUUACACCUGCCAACUCAACAUAGACAUCCAGAAUGAAACCUCCUACACCUGCUCUUCGUGCAACACCACGAAUGCUGGUGGCAACGACACUCUCUGCAGUCCUUACCUCAAGCUGAACAUGAUGACAAUAAUCUUCGAAAGUGCACUCAAGAGUCUCUGGCUCCGAAUACCGAAUUUCUUCUGCGAUCUAGAAACAUUAUUUUGCUUCAGUGAGUCCCAGAAUCGGACGUUGUACAUUGACGUUGCGAAUGACACUUCUAUGUUUGGUGUAGUAGAAAAUUUUCAAUGUAGUUAUGAUCUUAGGAAUGUGACCGAUAAUGUGACAGUAACAGCUGGGUACGAUUGGAGUUUUCUAUUUGUGAUAUUAUUCAUAGUGGCUGGUGGUGUGGGUAAUAUAUUGGUGUGUUUGGCUGUGUGUUUAGAUAAAAGACUUCAGAAUGUUACGAAUUAUUUUCUUCUGUCGUUGGCGAUAGCUGAUCUUCUAGUCAGCUUGUUCGUGAUGCCGAUGGGAGCAAUACCAGGAUUCUUAGGAUACUGGCCGCUGGGCGUGGUGUGGUGCAACGUGUACGUGACGUGCGACGUGCUCGCAUGCUCGGCUAGUAUCAUGCACAUGUGCUUCAUCAGUAUCGGCAGAUACCUCGGCAUCCGCAAUCCUCUGAAGAGCCGGCAUCACUCCACCAAGCGGGUCGUCGUCAUCAAGAUAGCCCUCGUCUGGCUUCUUAGUAUGUUCGUCUCUAGUUCUAUUACUGUUUUAGGUCUUAUCAAUCGCACAAAUAUAAUGCCGACACCGGAACUCUGCGUGAUAAACAACCGUUUGUUCUGGAUCUUCGGGUCUCUGGUCGCCUUCUACAUUCCGAUGCUGACGAUGGUCGUGUCUUUCGCACUGACAGUUCAGCUGUUGAAGAGGCAGGCUCGGUUGGCUGCGACACCUGUGCCUGGGGGGACGCAAAGAAGACAAUGCGGUGGCUACGACAAUGGUCCGUCGCAGGGCAUGCGGCGAGUCGGCGUCAGGAGUUCCCCAGACCUGUCCCCGAACAGGACCGUGUCGAGACAGCUGACGUGGAGGAUUACAAGCACAACCAGAGCCCAGCGCAACAAAGUCGGCAUGAGCGUCUCACAUCCCCAGCUGUCGUACAUGAACGGCUGCGGCACCGGCUCCUCGGGCGGCAGACGAGGCCACGACGUCGCCACGCAGACACCUCCCAGUAUAGCGGCUGAAACCAGGCGGGCGAGGCUACGGCCUUUGAAACUCACUCUUGCUGCUCCUAAUGCUUUGACGCUCAGAUUCCUGGCCAAUCGCAAAAAAGGGAGGUCUCUCUCAGCGAACGCGGUGGCCAACGAGCAGAAGGCCACGAAGGUCCUCGGUCUCGUGUUCUUCACGUUCGUGCUGUGCUGGGCGCCAUUCUUCUUACUGAACAUUUUGUUUGCCGCGUGUCCAGCCUGUAUUGUACCCGAACACGUUGUGGAUAUCUGCCUCUGGCUGGGCUACGUGUCUUCUACCAUUAACCCUAUCAUCUACACAGUCUUCAACAGAACCUUCAGAGCCGCCUUCCUUAGACUAUUGAGGUGUCACUGUACCAGACGCGGCCGCUGCACCCGCUACCGUUCCGUCGGGUCUACGCGAGGCGCGUCUCAGCUCUGUGCCAGGUCAGCCCUGCCUUUAGCCAUAUCAUUACGACCAACAGCUCUGCCUACCUCCUCACCGGCUGCGCCAGAAACCACCGAAACAGUUCUUAUGGACCCACCCUUAGGAGAUUUUAAUCUUAGGUAUUAGAUAAACUCUUGUGAUUUAAUGAUAUAUGUAAAAUAACUGUUUAAAUAAAACUAUUUUCAGCGGAUUUUAUCGCCGUUUAACUAUGUUUAUCUUUCAGAUUUGAAAUAAGCUUUAUAAAAUGGAAAACUCCGUUAACAAUUUCCUUCGUUAACAACAAAAUUGCACAAAUGUACUAAAAUUAUUUAAAAUGACAUUUUGAUAACAUACAAUGCAUUUACGGAUGCAAUUUAUGAAAGUGACAGUGUUAAUGUUUCUAUAAAUAUCAAUUGACGCGAGGGGUUUGACACGUCACUGUACUUACACCU